AUGACAUCAUCUGGAGUAAAUUGUAUGGUGGAUAGGACAAUGAUUUUAUGGGUCAUUAGUAGCAUCUCAAAACCUGCUGAAAAUUCCAAUAUUUAUUUAGAUAUGCUAUGUGCAAAAAUAAAAGAUGACAACAUUAAUUUCAAUACAAACCAAUUUAAUGUUGUACAACAAGUAGUUAAAGAUAUUGUGGAGUAA